AGAGGCGCCGAGCGAUCAACUUGUCACUUUUCGAAGUUCCGUCUUAGUAGUUGCUACACGGCGUUCUACGAAAAUCUGAAGCAUCAUCAUGCCCCCAAAAGCGAGUGGCAAAGCUGUAAAAAAGGCCGGUAAGGCCCAGAAGAAUAUCAGCAAGACCGACAAGAAGAAGAAGAGGAAGAGGAAGGAGAGCUAUGCUAUCUACAUCUACAAAGUAUUGAAGCAAGUUCACCCGGACACCGGUAUCUCCAGCAAGGCUAUGAGCAUUAUGAAUAGCUUCGUGAACGAUGUCUUCGAGCGCAUCGCCGCCGAGGCGUCGCGUUUGGCUCACUACAACAAACGCUCAACGAUCACCUCUCGGGAGAUCCAGACUGCCGUCAGGCUUUUGCUACCUGGAGAACUUGCGAAGCACGCCGUGAGUGAAGGCACCAAGGCUGUCACCAAGUACACCAGCUCCAAGUGAAUUUCUCUUCCUCUGAAGACCAACGGCCCUUAUCAGGGCCACAAAUUUAUUCAAACGUUUGGCAUUUUCACGGUUUCAAUAACUUUAGAAUAAGAAUUCACAUGAAUACGCAUUCACGAAGUUGGAAGAAAAUUUGUAGCAAUGAAUUCUUUUAAUUUUACUGAAUGUACAAAUGAUUUUAGAAAGAUUUACUAAUUUUCUUUUAUCCAAAAAAA